AGUCUACUGUUUUAUUUGUCGAAAGCGUCACGGUUGGGUUUAAGUCGAAAUAGAAUUUUAGCCUCAGGGGAAUUAUUACAAAGGUUCCCUUCCUUUAUGAGCUUUAUCUCUUCGUCGUCGUCGGCCAAGUCAAAUCAGCUGCUGGCCGUUUUUCCCAUUGGACUAACCUAUCGUUCUUGUCAGCUUGUCAGCGAGAGGUUCUCAGCCAGCCGUGAAUUUGUGACAGGUAGAUCAGCAGAAAAUAGAGAGACGAGAGAAUUCGAACAACAAGGACAAGAAGAGCUAAAUAGUAAAAUGCUACCUGUCAAAGCUUUUGAACGUUUGCCCAAGAGCGUUGUACCCGUCCACUACGAAAUCACCAUCAAGCCAGAUUUGGUUAAACUAGUCUUCGAGGGACAUGAAAGUGUCACGUUGAAAGUAGUUGAGCCUGUGGACCAGAUUAUCUUGAACUCUCUGGAAUUGGAGCUCGACAAUGUCAAACUGGCUGACGAGGCUGGGCAGGAAACCACCAUCAGCCAAGUGGUUCUUGAUGUUGAAAACGAAAAGGCGGUAUUCAAACUCUCUUCUGUUCUCCAACCUGGACAGUAUCACUUGAAAUUGGAGUUCAAAGGUGUCAUCAUUGACAAACUAAAAGGUUUUUACUGCAGCAAAUACCUCAGUGCUGAUGGAGAAGAACGGUACAGUGGUAUCACUCAAUUCGAGCCCACAGAUGCCAGACGUGCUUUCCCCUGCUGGGAUGAACCAGCUGUCAAAGCCACUUUUGACAUUACCUUGGUGGUGCCCAAAGAUCGUGUGGCCUUAUGUAACAUGCCAGUGGUGUCAGAAUUGCCUUACGAAGCCGAUCCUAACCUGCGAGUCGUCAAGUUUGAUCGCACACCCAUCAUGUCGACUUACUUAGUUGCCUACGUCGUUGGCGAAUUCGACUAUGUCGAAGAACGCUCAACUGACGGUGUUCUGGUUCGCUGUUACACUCCGGUUGGCAAGAAGGAGCAAGGUCGUUUCGGUCUCUACGUCGCCGCAAAAGUCUUGCCCUACUACAAAGAAUAUUUUGGGGUUGAAUAUCCUUUGCCCAAAAUGGAUCUCGUAGCAGUAGCCGAUUUCGCCGCUGGCGCCAUGGAGAAUUGGGGUCUCGUGACCUACCGAGAGACUUGCCUUUUGGUGGACGAUCAAAAUACGUCUACACAGAGACGCCAAUGGGUAGCCAUCGUCGUUGGUCACGAACUUGCCCAUCAAUGGUUCGGCAACCUUGUCACCAUGGAAUGGUGGACUCAUUUGUGGUUGAACGAAGGUUAUGCUACGUUCGUGGAAUCCCUUUGUGUCGAUCACUUGUUCCCCGAGUUCAAAAUCUGGACGCAAUUCGUCACAGACACUUCGACACCGGCCCUCGACCUCGACAGUUUGAAGAAUUCGCAUCCCAUCGAAGUGCCCAUCGGCCAUCCGGAUGAAAUUGACGAGAUUUUCGACGACAUUUCCUACCACAAGGGAGCGGCCAUCAUCCGCAUGUUGCACAACUACAUUGGAGAUGACGAUUUCCGGCGUGGGAUGAAGUUGUAUCUGACCCGUCACAAGUACGGCAACACUUUCACCGAGGAUCUGUGGGCUGCGCUGAGCGAGGCCAGCAAAAAGCCUGUGGGGACCAUCAUGUCCGGCUGGACGAAGCAAAUGGGCUUCCCAGUGAUUCGAGUGUCUGCCCGUCAGGAUGGCGAUAAGCGAAUCUUGCAGUUGAGUCAGCAGCGAUUCUUGGCUGACGGCACCAAGGACGAGAACAAUACCAUGUGGAUGGUACCGAUCGAAAUCGCCACCUCACGCUCGCCCACCACGCCCAGCAUGUCGUUCGUCUUGGAAGGAGAGAAAUCCGAGAUUGUUUUGAACGAUAUCCGACCUGACGAGUGGUUCAAAAUGAAUCCCGGCCAGGUUGGCUUCUACCGUACCUGCUAUGAGCCUGAAUUACUCAAACACUUGGUCUCGGCCAUCGACCAGCAAACUCUUCCGCCGCUCGAUCGCCUGGGUCUCUUGGACGACCUGUUCGCUUUGGUCCAGGCCGGCCAUUCUUCCACAGUCGAAGCCUUGACGCUGCUGGAAGCUUUCGCCAACGAAGAUCAGUACACGGUGUGGAAUCGCGUCUGCAGCGCCUUGAGCAAAUUGUCGCAUCUGCUGGCCUACACGGACCACCACGAAUUGUUGAAAAGUUUCGGACGCAAAUUGUUGGGCGGCAUGACCCGUAAACUUGGCUGGGAAUCAAAACCAGACGAGGAGCACUUGACAAAGCUCUUGCGCAGUUUGCUUUUGGGUCGGAUGGCCAUGUUUGACGAUCCGGAAGUGAUCGCCGAGGCCGAGCGCCGCUUCCUACUGCACAUCAAGGGGGAGGAACAAGUCCCAGCCGAUUUCCGUUCGACCGUCUACAAAGCCGUUUUACGGACGGGCAGCCGAUCCAAGUAUGACGAUCUAUUGCGAAUUUAUCGCGAGGCAACUCUGCAUGAAGAGAAGGAUCGCAUCGCCAGCGCUUUGGGUACAAUCAAGAACGAAGAUAUCCUGAAAGAGGUACUGGCCUUUGCCAUGUCGAAUGAGGUCAGGUCACAAGACACGGUAUUUGUCAUCUCGUCUGUGGCGUCCAGCAAACUUGGCCGCGAUUUGGCCUGGAACUACUUCAAGGAUAACUGGGAUCUCUUCAACGAGCGCUUCAAAGGCGCAUUCCUUUUGGUGCGGCUGGUGAAAUCUUUGACGGAGAAUUUCGCUUCCGAAGAGAAAGCCGUUGAAAUUGAAAACUUUUUCAAGGAGCACCAUUGCGCCGGAACGGAACGCACCGUCCAGCAGAGCGUUGAAUCCGUACGGUUGAACGCCGCUUGGCUCGCCCGCGAUGCCGAGUCUGUUGGCCGUUACCUGACGAGCAAAUCCCAAUAGAUAUUGAAAGACAAAGUUUAUAGAAAAAUCCUGUUAAUUCCGGUGCUUUCUUUUCCUUUCUCCCCCCUCACCCGUGCUGCUGUAUCGCUGGAACAAACAAACAAAAAAAGAGAAUUGCAACCAGUCAACCCGUUGAUUAUUGAUCCUCUCGUUUCUUUUUUUUCUCCUUUUCUUUCCAUCCCUCAAAUUGGUUUCAGUUAUUUUUGUUUGUUGUUGUCAUUGAAUUUGUUUUUUUGAGAAAUAUUUUUCCUUUCACCAACGGAGACGCUCAGAUUUAAUUCGGUUCAACUCCACCCCUCAUCAAAG